CACGUGCAGAAGUCAUGGUUGGAGAUGCGGGCGGUGCGCACCCAGUAGGCUGUGCAGCCAGGAGAGUGGGCUGCGAGAGCUGGGGAGGGAUGCCGCUGCUGCCGCCGCCGCUAAUACUGCCACAACUCAGCCGUUAAAUAAUGCACGCAGGACUUUACCGCACGUCGCUGGCAGGACUCUGAAUUAUGAAUUUAAUUGCGUUCGGCUGUGGCGUGAAAGAAGCUGGAAACCUGUAGCUACCACUACUGCCCGGUGUCAAGAAAUUGUUCCCACUAUCCAUACACUAUCCAUACUGUAGUUUUCAACUAUGUAAAGUAUUUCACUCCCACGCCAUGGAAGUCGACCAGCGUCUGCUGGACACGUUGCCCCUGGGCCAGCUGGCGCUGAGGCAGGUCCGUUGUGACCAGAUACAGGCCUAUUAUGAGCGCGAGAAGGUCUCACAGAAGCAGAUGGAGCCCAAGAAGAUGCAGAUAGUCACUUUUCCCAAGUCCGACCUUCUCCAGGAGGCCAUUGUGCAUCACAACCAUAAGGAAGUGCUGCAGCUGCUGAGGGAUGGAGUCGACCCCAAAACCGUCAUUCCCUCUGGAGGGUCCCUGCUGCAUCUGUGUGCCCGUCACGACAACGCUCUCGCCGCCGAGGUGCUGAUCGCCCGCGGGCUGAGUGUGGAGCAGCUGGACGACGACCUCUGGACGCCUCUGCACAUGGCCUGUGCCUGCGGAAGCUCGGACACAGCUCUGCUCCUCCUGACGGCUGGUGCCAGUGUGUUGCUGCAGGACAUCUAUGGGAACUUCCCCAUGGACUACACCGUGGAAGGAAGUGAGACGGAUUACAUUCUUAUGAAGUACCUGAAAAUGAAAAGUCUGGAUUUGGACAUCCUGCACCUCCUGAAGUCCCAGUGCCAGUCAUCCAUGCUAUCUGAUGUCCAGCACCUUCUGGCCACUGGGGGGAGUGUCAAUGAAGUGAAUGACGAAGGUGUCACAUUGCUGCACAUGGCCUGUGCCAGUGGCUUUGAGGACGUUGUCUCUCUGCUGCUGGAGGCUGGAGCUGAUCCCCAGGUAGCCGAUGACAGCUCCUCAACUCCGCUCCACCUGGCCGCCAGAUAUGGACAGAUCAGCAUUGUGGCAAAACUGCUUAGGCAUGGAGCAGAUCCCAGUCUACUCGACUACAACUGGGACAGGCCUUCAGAUGUGGCGGCCUCACGCUGCACUGCAGACAUGCUCUUGAGGGCGGAGGAGUGCUGGGAAAGGAAGCUGGGGCUCUCACCAGCGCCAUCGCCGGGUGACCAGAGUGAGGGAAACUUCCAAGAUGGUUCUGCAUCCAACAGGAAAUUGACCCACCUUGCCCUCCCCAUCUGUAAGCAGGACAGCAUUGCGGAGAAGGAGACCAUGUUCAGGGAGAGACCUCAGGCAUCGUCGUCUUCCUGCUCAUCUAGGAGAACGGAAAGGCUUAGGCAACCAGAGCAGGUGAAGCUCGUGCCUCCAGCUCCGAACGAUGACCUCGCUUCCCUUAGUGAAUUAACCGAUAGCAGCCUUCUGUAUGAAAUGCAAAAGCGCUUCAGCAACGACCAGAUAUAUACAUAUAUUGGCCACAUUCUUCUGAUUCUUAAUCCCAACAAAAGUCUCCCUAUUUAUUCAGCACCGGUGAGCCAGCUGUACUUCCGCCCCAGGGGACGUCCCUGCCCCAGCCUGCCCCCCCACGUCUUCUCCUCUGCGGAGAGAGCCUUCCAGGCAAUGCUGCGGGAACGCCGGCCGCAGUGCUUCGUCCUGAGCGGAGAGAGUGGUUCCGGGAAGACCGUGGCCUCUCAGCAUGUUGUGCAGCACCUGACUGUCCACUCCAGCCCCGAGGGCUUUGCUCUGGGUCCCCAGAUGGAGCAUAUAAACUGCAUUCUUGAAGCAUUCAGUCAUGCGAAAACCGAAAUGAACGACAGCUCUAGUCGCUUCAUUAAGUUCCUUUCGCUUCAGUACAAGGAGAAGACAUUGACUGGAGCCAGGCUAUAUAUAUACCUCUUUGAGAAGUCACGGCUCAUCUCUCCACCACAAUAUCAGAGGAACUUUAAUAUCUUCUACCUGAUAGCAGAGGGCAUGUCCUCAGAGGAGAAGAGCCGUCUGUAUCUCAACAGUGUACUCACACACAGGUACCUGAGUCAGGGCACGCCAGGAGACAUGGUGGAGGAGGCUGUACCUAAGGAGCAAAGCCGGGAAAGGCUGGCAUCCCUGAGACAAGCUCUGCAGGUUGUGGGCUUCAGUGUCCCGGAUGUGGAGAACCUGUUCGUGCUUCUCUCGGCAAUCCUGCUGUUAGGGGACCUGUGCUUCACUGGUACGCCAGAUGAGGACGACGCAUCUGUGCUGGAUUCCCGGAUGCUAGAACGAGUGUCAGACAUGUUGCAGGUGAGCCCCGAGGACCUGAGCACCGCCCUGACAUCAGACGUGACACACAUUAAAGGUGAUGUCAUCAUAAGGCGACACACGGUGGAGAUGUCCAGCAGCUACAGGGAUUGCCUGGCUAAGUCUUUAUACGAUCAUCUCUUCAGCUUCCUGGUGAAUAUCAUCAACCGUCACCUGCAGGAUCAAGAGAGGGACAGAAGUAAUUCCGGACUCGAAAUUGAUAUUUUGGACAUUUUCGGUUUUGAAGAUUUCCAGAAGAAUAGCUUUGAACAGCUCUGUGUCAACAUGACCGAUGAGAAGAUCCACCAAUAUAUGAUGGAAGUACUUUUCGUGGACGAGCAGAGGGACUGUCUACAGGAAGGAGUUGCUAUGGAAACUUUGUACCAUCCUAGAAACCAGUCCUCCAUUCUAGAUUUCUUUUUCCAGGCACCCCACGGUCUGUUCUCUGUCCUCCAUGUGGAGAGUCGCAGCUUCUGUCCAGAGGACCCGGCUUUCUACAGGAGGCUGCAGGCCAACCAGGAUGCCGCCAGUGCGGCUGGGGUACUCCUAUCCCCCAAAGACAGUAAUGGCAACCCUCCAGCGGGGAGCCAGGGGCCCACAUUCACCGUCACUCACUAUGCCGGCACGACAACCUACGACCUCACAGGAUUACUAGAGAGAAACAAGGACAACUUCCCCCAAAGCCUUCUCCUUGUGAUGAAAUCCAGUGAGAACAUCCUCAUCAAUCAAAUGUAUAAGUACAAGAUGGCACAUACUGGAGUGCUGCUUCCACCAUCCAACUGCUUCAAGACUCAAGGGCAUAGAGCUGGUCAAUCUCAUCAUCAGCUGGCGUCGGCCUCUGCAGCCCUGGAUGAUAAGUACAGGGACAUGAGCAAGCUGCUGCAGAAGGAUGGAAUGACCUCCUUACUGCAAAGGCUGGAGGAAAACGGACGCAUGACAGUGGCAGCUCAGCUGACGAAUUCACUCUCUGAGAUCACCAGCAAACUUAAAGGCUGUGCCCCUCACUUCAUCCACUGCAUGAAGCCCAACGGCAGCAAACGGCCUGACUUCUUCGACAGCCAAUAUGUUUCCUCUCAGCUUCAACAUGUGGGUGUACUGGAGAUGGUAAAGAUGAUCCGCUAUGGAUACCCUGUCCGACUGUCAUUCAGCAGCUUCCUGGCCCAAUACCAGGAUUUGGCUGCCACCAUUCUAAAAGACAAGAGAAUGUCUUCUGUGGAGGAAAAGUGUCGCCAUGUUCUACAGCACUGCAAGCUCCAGGGAUGGAAGAUCGGACAGACCAAGGUGUUUCUGAAGUUCUGGCAAGCCAAGCAGCUUGAUGAGCAUUGCCACCAGAUGCAAAGAAGGAUCAUAACGUGCCAGAAAGUGGUGCGUGGCUGGCUGGCCCGAAAACGCAUGAGCUCCCAGAACCUCUCAUGCGGGUCGGAGGAGCAGAGCCAGAUGGCGUACGACGGCCCCGUUAGCCAGAGCGACGUUGCCCAUAAGAUCGGCGACCUUCGCAAGCAGCUAGCCAGCCUGCGCCUUGUGGACCCACAGGAGUUAGUGGAAAAGGCCAGGGAGAUCCACACAAGGGAUGCAAACAAGAGUGUGAAGGUCAACGAAGACAGCACAGAGAGGAGUCGUAUUCUGAAGAACUUCUGCUCCAGCUCCGUGCCCCUACCCCUAGCCGUAGACAGCUUGAUACAUUCUGCUGCUGGGUUAUCAAUCAAGCCCCCAUCCCAGCAGACAGAAGGAGGGGGAGGCGGCAGUUGCCUGUCAUCUCCAAGGAAACAGCCUCCUCCCAAACCAAAGAGAGACCCCAACACCAGGCUGAGCACCUCCAUUGAGGCUGUCAGUACCUCCCUGUCCAUCUGUCCCCAGAACACACUUGAUGAGUAUUCAAAGCCACGUCCUCACAGUGAUGAUUACAGCACAACAAAGAAAAUCCCUCCGCCUAAGCCAAUAAGGAGCCCUAACACGAAACUGACUGGGUCCUUUGAUGAGAUACUGUCACCACGUUCUCUGGAAAUGAAGCUAGCCUGCCUUUCCAAAGGGUCACAAGGUUUGGGGUUUCCCCAGCAAGGGAUCACUGUGGAUGGGCUAAGUUAUCCCACGGUCAGCCUCAACCAUUCCCCAGAGGAAGAUGUCUACAUUGAGAUGCUGGGGAACCUUAGGAUCAAAGGCUUCUUUGAUGCAAACUGCCCUGAGCAGGAUGAGGCUGUUUAUGAGGAGAUGAAGUACUCAAAGCCUGAGGGGGAAACUGUAACAAUGACGGCUGCAUCAACCACACCCGAUGGGCCGUCAUCCCCAGCAAACACAGGGAUGAAUACUCCAAUAGCAGCAGAAAGCAGUCCACUCCAGACCUUGGGGGGCGCACCCAAUUCCAAAAGUGGAACCAGAGAUGUUCCAUCCCCCUUUCCUAACUUGCUUCCUCAUCGGCCACCACUUUUAAUAUUCCCUCCACCCCAGGUGCCCUACUCGUCAGCCUUAGACGAGUCCCCUCUCACUCCGCUGGAAGUAAAGAUGUUGCCCAUGCUAGAAACAAACCUGAAUUACUCAAGCCAAGGAGAUGGGGGCAGCCCCCUGUCACCCAAAUGCACCAGGCAGAGAGCUGACUCGUUGUCCACCAUUGCAGCGAUACAGGACAAGUGUGUUAAUCCUCUGUCACCACCUCUUACAUGCCUCCCUCCUGCCAAACUUCCUCCACCUUACAAGACCCCAUCUUACGCUCCUUUUCCCUCCGAGACCAGUGUUCCAGUACUGACUCCGAUGGCCUCAGUGUCUGAUGCUUCUUCUGGGUCUCAGAAGGUCAGGUAUGGUUCAGCAGAAGCCCCCCCGGGGAUUGGAAAGACCCCCUACUCGCCUGUGAAGAAAGCCCACUCAGAUUCCAGGCGCGCGCAUUCCUGCUGCUCGUCCCCGCUGCUCUUCAAUCCGAAUUAUGCCCGCCCCCUCUCUAGCCCCCUGGAUGAGCUCUCCGCCAUCUUCAGCACCCCACGCAGCUUGCUAAGGAAGUCAGCUAACAGCAGGAAGAUCCGUGACACUGGAUUCAACUCUAACAUGAACCAAGCGGGGAGGGUGGACUCUGGCCCCCCCUCUCCAUCCCCGCAGCUACAGGACAAUAAUGCGAACAACCACCCCUUCAGUAGUCCCAUCUCCAUCGAGAACGGAAACCAAUUAUACAAUGGAUCGUUGGAAGACGAGAGUCAAUUGAACAUCCCAAUGUCACUUCAGAGACAUCUGGACAGGCAUCAGAGUCAGAGGGAUCAUUUCAGCUUCUCUCCCUUCGGCGAGGGAGCUGCUCUCUGAGGCGGGACUGGAGGGUGUCUGUCGAGGUGGUCCAGCACACUGAAGAUAUCUAUGUCAACCGAAGAUGCUAUCCUUCAGGAUCUCGAUACGCUGCGCGAGGAGCCGAAUGAUUGACAGCCACUCGACACUCAGGACUGAGCCCCUGAUCUCAGAACAGCCCGCUCCCUUUUUAAAGAAAGUGCUGUCUUAGCAGGCAUCACUCACCAUAACCACACACUCUCUCUUCUCGUUUGUUGACGUUCUGCUCUGUUCUGCUCCCGCUCUUCCUGUUCCCAUGUCUGAACUUGGCAGGAGCCCGGACCUUGGAUAGAUGCAGCAUUAAUGUCAUGGACAGGAGUAGGAUCCUGAGCAGCACAAACGUGUCAUAUGGCCUCAAUGCUUCUGCAAAGACUUGAAGGAGCCAUUUUGGCUUGUAGGAAUGACACUACAGAGUGUGACACUAGUGCUCUGUUACUCUUAAAGUUAUGUGCAAUUCCCCAAAAGCUACUCAGCUGGUGCUGUUUUCUUUGAGUACAUGCAUUGCUAACCGUUAUCGCUCAUACCUUUUAGCUAAUGCAGUUAAUUUUGUAGGUGCUAUAAAAUAUGAAGAUUAUAUUCAGGUAACAUAUUCAACAUGUAGUUCACUAAUGACCAACUUAAAAUCAGUUGUUUGAUGAAAGAAGUGUGUGCUUGUAUGAUGCUCUUAUCGCAGUUCUUCUGUACCUAAGAACACUCUCCAUCUUGUGUGGCAAAUGGCUCUUUUAUGUUCUGCGUCCACUCGAUUGCUUAGUUGCUUAUUCUAAGAGAAUUGCCAAAUGCACACAGUCAUAGCAUGUUCAAAGUCAUUUAUUUGCACAUCAAGUGAAUAUGUGCUCAGAAAAACUAUUUAAGAUUAGAGUAUAUACAAAUGGACACAAAUACAACAAAUAUAAUAAUAAUGAUAAUAAUAAUAGUAAUAGUAAUAAUGAUCUUUUGUUCUAUGAGAAAGUUACUGAUAUUUUGUUGAAUGGCUGUAAGACCACAGCUUCGGUUCUCGGAGCACCAUCCGUUCCAUAUAAAAUUUACCACCAGCUCACUUAUUUGAUCAACUUAGUGAAUUGACUCAUGAGUCAUUUAGCCAAAUCAGGUGUGCUAGUGGUCAAGUUUAGAUACAUAUUAGUAUAUUGGAGGUUGGCUGCAAACUUGAGGUGAUUUUGAGGAGACGUCUUCAGAAAUGGCCGAGCUGAUACACUUUUAUAGCAACAUGAUGAUAAAUUUAAACAUAAUUUAUUUUCUUUGAUGGUCUAAUGCUUUUGAAUGGUAUGUCGUGCCAGUCGGAAGCACCUCCC